GCAACGAGCAGACACACCAUCGUCCAAAAUUAUCAUUGUAAACAUUCGCGUUAUUGCAAAAAAAAAAAACAUACAUAUACAUCAAAUUGGAAAAAUUAAAUAAAUUUACCAGCAUUUAAAUCAUUUUCACCACUCGCCCAUAAAGUUACCUUUUCUCCAUCCAACAUCAUGGCUCAACCGGUCGUCCAAAUGACCGCUGAACAACUACAAUCACUGAUCGAAUCGGUGCGCACGGCCGCCGUUACAGGCAUUAUCAAUACCACACCGCCAACCACCAUUCAAGGCAAAGGCUCGUUCACCAACUGCACCAGUCGUUUCGGUGGCCAACGCCAGCAGGAAGCCGUUGAGGAGUUCAUCACCUCGAUUGUGACAUAUAAAGAACUUGAGACGAUCAGCGAUGCGGAUGCGUUGAAAGGUUUAUCACUGCUUUUCUACGGCAUAGCCUCCACUUGGUGGCAGGGUGUGCGCAAAGAAGCCAAAACUUGGUGUGAUGCCAUUACACUGAUACGCGAACACUUUUCACCCACCAAGCCGGCUUAUCAGGUUUACUUGGAGUUAUUUGAGCGGAAGCAGGAUAACUUUACGCCGAUUGAUACAUUUAUCUGUCACAAGCGUGCACUACUCGCCCAGUUACCUGAGGGUCGUCACAGUGAGGAAAUUGAAUUGGAUUUGAUUUAUGGUUUGCUGAAUAUCAAAUAUCGUAAAAAUAUUCUGAGACAAGAUUUGAAGACAUUCCGCGAAUUGGUGGAGAAGGGUCGUGUUAUUGAACAAAAUAAUUUGGAAUCAGAAGUGAGGGUUCCUUGUUCACAGCGGGCUUCGAAACGUUCACACCCAAUCGACUACACUGAAGUGUUGCACCCAAGAAAGGUGAAUAGAUAUAGAUUUCAGCGGAAUGUGCAAAAUAAUACUAACAUGCCACAAGCACCACCGCUGACAACGCAGCCACUAGGCAACGCUGUCUCCUCACGUCAAUGAGGAAAUUCCAUGAAAAAAUUGUUUAUUUGUAAAAUACAUAUGUGUGUAUGUAUGUAUGUAUGUAAUUAACUCAAUGAUAACAAUUGUUAAUAGCAUUUCUCUCUAAAUAAUA